CCCAGCCUGCAGCAUGAGGAGGACACAGAGCUGUGACAUGUUGCUGGGGGCCCCUGGGAGCUCCCUGUUGUGACCCCCCCCCCUGAUCUGGAUCAGUCCUGACCCCCCUCUCUCUCCUUUGGGGAGCCCUGGCUGCACCCCAGUGUCUGCAUGGAUCCAGCCCACUGACAGUCCAUAACCCAGGAGGACAGAGGGAGAGAGAGAGGGGCCCCUGCCCCCCUGCCCCCCUCUCCCGGCUCCCAGCCUUAUAUGGAGGUGGCUGUCUGUCAGUGAGCUCCUCUGGUGGUGCUGAAAGGACAGCUCCCCCCCACUCACUCUCCGCCAGAGCAGCCAGCCAAGCACACCGCCACCCUGGCCCCCGGGGGCCACCAUGACCUGGGCGCUCUCUGCACCAUGAAGAGGCAAAACGUGCGGACCCUCGCCCUCAUCAUCUGCACCUUCACCUACCUGCUGGUGGGAGCCGCAGUGUUUGACGCCCUGGAGUCGGACGAGGAGACCAGCGAGAGGAAGCGGCUGGAGAAGAGGCGAGAGGUCCUGAGGUCCAAGUACAACCUGACCGAGGAGAACUUCAGGGAGCUGGAGGUGGUGGUCAUCAAACUCAAACCGCACAAAGCGGGGGUCCAGUGGGCGUUCGCAGGGUCCUUCUACUUCGCCAUCACUGUCAUCACCACCAUAGGCUAUGGACAUGCUGCUCCAAGCACUGACGGAGGGAAGGUCUUCUGUAUGUUUUAUGCUCUCCUGGGAAUCCCAUUGACCCUGGUCAUGUUUCAAAGCCUGGGCGAGAGGAUAAAUACCCUCGUUAAGUAUCUUCUUCAUCGUAUAAAGAAGUGCCUUGGCAUGAGGAGAGCUGAGGUAUCUAUGGCCAAUAUGGUCACUAUUGGAUUCUUCUCGUGCAUUAGCACCUUGUGCAUUGGAGCUGCUGCUUUUUCGUAUUAUGAACAGUGGACCUUUUUCCAGGCCUAUUACUAUUGCUUCAUCACACUCACCACUAUCGGAUUUGGAGACUAUGUUGCACUGCAGAAGGAUGCAGCUCUCCAAAAAAACCCUCAGUAUGUUACCUUUAGCUUUGUCUACAUACUAGCAGGGCUCACGGUCAUUGGAGCUUUCCUUAACUUGGUUGUUUUACGGUUUAUGACUAUGAAUGCAGAAGAUGAGAAAAGAGAUGCUGAACAUCGUGCUCUGCUUACUCGAAACGGUCAUUCUAGUAUUCACACAACAGACACAAGCUCCUCCGCUGGUGGAUUUCGAAAUGUAUACGCCGAGGUUCUUCAUUUCCAGUCCAUGUGCUCUUGUUUGUGGUAUAAAAGCAGGGAAAAAUUACAAUACUCUAUCCCGAUGAUAAUACCUCGGGACUUAUCCACCUCAGACACAUGUGUUGAGCAAAGCCAUCCCUCCCCUGGAAGAUAUAUGGGCACAGCAUCCAAUGGAUGCAUUUGUAACACACAACAUUCAGCCAUCAGCUCUGUAUCUACAGGACUCCAUAGUCUUUCUGCAUAUCGAGGACUCAUGAAGAGGAGAAGCUCUGUGUGAUUAAAAAAAAAAAAGUUUUACAAUAAACUACUGAAACCUAAUUGUUAUAUAUAGCAGAUUUACUGUACAUAUACCUAGAAUUAGCAUCAAAUUUUUCCACAAAAAAAAGCCAAUUUCACUGUCUAUUUCAUAAUUCAUCAUGAUCUGUAUGUCAUUUUUUCUACAGAUAUGUUAACCAACUGUUUGUAAAAGAGAAAGCAGAUAUUUCCCAUAUGUUGACAAGUAAAAUAAAGCAUCUGUGAGCUGGAAAGAGGUCUUCGAUAAGCCAGUAUAUUCAGGGGAUUGGGGGUUUAUGACACGAGCUGCUGUUGCCUGCUACCAAAGCUAGCGUAAAUGCUAAUAACCUUUUAGAACCUGUUUGUUGUUAGAUUAUAUGCAAUUACUCACUGACUUAAUUCCAGUGCUAAUUUAUUUUUGUAUUAUAAAUCAUUUUCCUAACUAAUUUGUUUCUAAAUCGUUAUCAUCUGUUCUAACCAUCCUCUAGUAUAGUGUUUGCCUGUUACAUGCUAUAUGUUCGUAUAGUACAGGGGUAAACAACCUUUGUCACUUCAUAUGUUGUGGACUACAUAUCCUAUAAUGCUGUUACAGCUAUAAUGCUGGCAAUGCAUCAAGGGAAAUGUAGUCCAAAACAUAUGGAGUUCCGAGAACUCCUUACCUCUGAUAUUAUGUUGUUUCAACUACAAUGGGCAAGGUAGCUUUCACGAUGCUUUGCUGUCCUGUUGGGGUGUUAACUACAGGUAGAAUUCCUAACAUGCUGCCCCCACAAUUCCAUGUUCUGCAUCUUUUGCGAAACUUCAUGUCCCAUUAUUCAUUUCUAGCCUACUAGGCUAGGCUACUAUAGAUUGUAGAUGAGUCAUGCAAAUAUAGACUUGUUCAACCAACAAGUGUAGACUUACCAAUCGGACCUCUAUGUUCUAGUUUGAUUCCUUAUUUACAUCCUCACCUAAAAUAUUGUCCAUUUGUUUUGUUGCAUCCUCAUAAGCUGUAAAAACACUGUCUAUUUAACACGAUCCUGUAAUUUAUUCAGAUGGUUGACACUGAUAAACAAAACACUUUAAACAUGUCUGCUGAAUUUGAGCUGAAUGAAAAAUGAUCGUACUUAUGUUAAUCAGGAGAAGAAUUGAAGUUUUGACUUUUGUAUGAUAUCAUCAAAACGUCUUCGAUUUGCUAACCAUUUACAGUUGAAACUAUGCUUUGCACUUUAACCUAGAUGAAUUGAAAUAGAUUUCGUAAAUUUAUAUUUCUAUUUUGCACCUUAAGCUGAUUUGAAUUGAAACAUUUAAUCAAAACCAGAAGAUUGUUUUAAUCUUUUUUUAAAAGAGGAAUUGUCUUGUCCCCGGGACUCCACAUUCCCAGUAAACGCUACAUUGUUCUUACUGGAGUGAGUAGUGCAGUGUGGGUAAUUAUGAAACAUACUUCCGGGAAACGUUAUCACCGCAUGAUUCCCCAGGUGAGCUCGUUCACGCUUGGGUAUCUCCUGAGAAAGGCCAUUUCACUGUGUGCACACCUGGGCGUACCAUCUAGUGCCGUGAGCAUGCAUGCAGUUUGAUGGAACCUAUAUACAUGGCACAGGUUAAUUUAAUUUACAUGGGACGUUCUGACUGUAAAUUAUAAAAUAAAUUGUUUGGUAUUUUCUAAUUAAAAUAAACAAUUCAUAGCUA